UGAAGGCUCCUCAGAGGAAGACUUCUUAGGAGAUGGCGAAACCUUUCGAACUGCAUGCAAUAUGGACUCCGCAGAAACCAAAGAGCAGAUCAGAGAACGUGCAAUUGCUGUGAAAACUGGGCUUAGAAGUCGACAACCCUUGAUGGGAGCUGAACGCACUCGACAAAAGAUGACCAGAAAACAACGACUUUAUCUGGAAAGGAC